AUGUUUCUCUACAGACUGCUCUACCCAGAACCACCCCCCGUGGAGAUCAUGGAAGAGGUGCGCAAACGGACACCCGUGCCGUUGUCGUUUGAACUCAUCCGACAAACCGAGAUUUUCAUCGAAGAAACCCUCUAUCCACAAGCCUUCAGUCUUUUACUCGAUGUACUCGCAUCAGGCAACGUAUGCUCGGAGACGGGCACUGUCGCGUCAACACCGGUGGUGAUCCCUCAGCCGCAACACCUUGCCAUCGCUGCGACGAUGCUCGUCCAUCCGUUCACGACAACACGCGCCAAACUGGACGCCGAGAAAGAGGCUCCGAACAUCGCUUUGCGUCUGCUUCGGCUCACGAACUCCCUUGUUGGUCCGACGGCGGCGCAGUUUCAUACCGCGUUCGCUUUCACUCAUUUCGAGACCACCCGCCGCGGGACGCGACGUGCGAACAGCCCGGCGCUAAAUGAACCCUUGACCGAGGAGAAGAAGAAGGCAUGGGAAGCGAGCUACAGUGGAGGCCGUUCGUUGUGGAAUGAGGCUGAGGACUUCUGGCAUGCUGUCGGCUGGGCGUUCAAUUGCUCGGUGUUACACCCGGCCCAGUGGAAACACUGGCAUCUAUGGCUUCAGUUCAUGUGUCAGGUACUUGAAGAUGAUUGGGCCGAUCGCGAGCAACAGUACGGCGAGGCCCAGGAGAAAGAAACUCAACAGAGGUCAGACAGAGAAGCUUCGAUCAUCGACCACCCAGAGCCAGCAACAGACAAAGGCAGAGGGGGUCGGCCACGCAAAAGCGACAAAGUCAAACAGAAGGAUGGACUUGAGAUUUUCCGAGACAGUCUACUCUAUCAAUACGUCAUGUCAGACAAUACCUAUGGGCGAAACCGCAGGAUCAUGCGAGCCAUUUUCGCAGACGGCCAGCCCAAAUCGGCCGAAUUCCGGUCCGUCUUCGAGGAUGAGAUCAAAGCUCCCAGACGCAAGAAGGUCGGGUCAAAUCUCAGGAAAAGAGCAGGAGUUGACCUCAGCAAAGGAGAAUAUGGAGAUUACCAAAACGACUCGGACGACGAGUACGCCAGUCUCAAGGAAUCCAGAGCCUCGCCUACACCCGGACAGAACAGACUACUUCGAGCGCCUAAGCGUAUCCGUCAGACACGAAAUUCAAAAGACACAGCCACGGACUCCGAAUCAGAAGCAAGCGACAUAGUCGCAGAUCAUGAAAACGGCAUCGCUUCCAUAGGCGGCUACAAUGCCCUUGCUCUCCGACAACGACUUCUCGGUCUCCUUUCCAAAUUCUCAGUCACGCUCCCAAAGGACUUCUUGCCAAUGGACGAUAUCUACCACAUGUUCGCAGAGAAUAUCCGUGACCUCCCUCUUCCUGUGUUCCAACACAUGGUCACCCCCUCCAACCUCCAGGGUCUCGAACCAGAAGCGCACUCCAGUCUCUGUGAGAUGAUAUUCUUCGUCAUGCGCGAGAGCUCCGCCCCGACUUCUGAAGAUGACUUCCUGACCGCGGCGAAGUUGGAAACAUGUUUCCUCCCGUACAUGGCGGCGAGUCCAACUGCGGCGAAUAAUGCCAAGAUAUCCAUAUUGCUCGAGGCUAUGAUGGCCUUGCUAUAUAAUGAGAAGAUGCUUUCUGCGACCCCGGGGCUGGUCAAGGCGGCUCGGACAGGCAUUGAGCGUCGGCAGGAUGCUUGUCGUGGUGAUAGCAAUACCAUGGCGGCGGCCUAUUUGCGGGAAAGUAGCUUUCGGAUACAGUUUAUGGUGGACUCUAUUCUGCCUUGA